AUGUCGGCGCCGGCUGACGAGGCCAGUCGCACCGCGCAAGAGCAGCUCCGACAGUUGACCGCGCCGCAUGCCGAGUAUCCCGGCCGCCGCAUCCCGCCGCUGCACCUCGACGUCAACGCGCUCUACGUGGUGCUGAGCACGCAGAGCGCCGGCAACGCCUGCCACUGGGUGCUGUACCUGCACAUCAGCCCCCGGCGCGGCUGGGCCUUCCACAUCACCAACCUGGCCUCGCCGCACUGGGAGUACCGCUGCGACGAGGCCUGCGACGACAUGGCCGCCUCCCAGACCGUCGUCGCCGCCGUCAAGGUCGCCGCCGACCUGGUCCCCGAGAUGCACGACGCCCUGCGCGCCCGCCUCGGCCGCGACGCCCGCCCCGUCGUCCGCCUCGAGGACACCCCGCGCUUCGGCCGCCUCACCUGCCGCACCUGGCUGCUCCAGGCCCUCUACGAGCUGGACAACGAAGGCUACAUUAGUGUGCUGCCGGGCUACGCCGUCCACGACGUCGCCGAGGAGGCCGCCUCCCUGGCCGCCGCCAACCAGUCCCUGCUGCAGGACAAAAGGGCCAGCCUGGAGGCGCUGCGUAGGGAGAUCGAUAGUGCCUGCUCAUGGGCUGCCUUGCGCUGGCUGAAGCAUAACUGGUACAGGAAGCACCGCAAUGUCUUACUUCAGCUAGUCACAACUGGCCACGGCGCCAGGUCAGCCAAACAGGCAGGUGAUAAGCCGCAGGCCCAAUCGCGCAUCACCAAGCUGUCGAAUCAGAAAUGA